AUAAACUCACGAGGAAUCCGAAUGAGUUGAGUCUUGUGACAGAAACCGAAAGCUGUUCAGAGAGACUGGUAAAAAUGUCUUCAGGUGAUCCCCCACCCUACCAGGAAGUUACAGGCCAACAAGGUUAUGGAACAGUACCAGGAGCAGUACCUCAAUAUCCCCAACAAGGAAAAUACCCAGGUGGACCACAGCAGCCCCAGGGAGGGUAUACCAGCCCUGCCGGACCCCCAGCAGGGGCCUACACUGGUCCACAAUAUGGUAACACACAACAAACAGGAUACCAACAAGGCUAUCAGGGCUACAAUAGCAGUAGUGUUAUUGUCCAACAGCCUGCUCCACAGGUCGUCAUCGUUGGAGGAUGUCCAGCCUGUCGGGUUGGUGUUUUAGAGGAAGACUACACCUGCCUUGGAGUAUUAUGCGCCAUUUUGUUCUUUCCCCUCGGAGUUCUGUGUUGUCUAGCAAUGAGACAAAGACGCUGCCCAAGUUGUGGAGCUGUGUUUGACUGAGAUUCCCAAAGAUUCUAGUGGGGCUUAAGGGUUCACAGUAAUAUGAUCCACCUAAAACAAUGAAAAAACACAUUCUGUUCAUAUCUCUUCAUUUUAAUUGUAUUUAAUUUGUCGGAAAAUAGAUUGUCUUAUUUUCAAUGGUGGAGAUUAUGAUUAUUGUGUUAUUUAGUGCAUCCCGUCCCAUCCGGAAUCAAUUUGCGGAUUUUGAUCAGUGAUAACACAAAUAUCAUGUUUACCAGUAAGUGUAUGUAUGAGGGCUCUAAGGUUGAACUGUUACUAUUUAUAGAAAUUUGUCAAGCUACAAUGCUCAUUUGAAUAAUAUUGGACAAAAUUAUUGUUAAAUCUUCAGUGUUGUUUGAAAGUUCGGAAUUUAGAAAGAGUAAGAAAAUUUUAUAUUUUAAACUUUGAUCCAGAAUAAAAAUUGCUUAUUAAAAAGUGUUUGCUGUUGAAAUGGUAGAUGAUGCCAAAUCAAUAUGAAGUAUGUGUAAAAUGGGUUAAUAUUCAUAGGUAACAAAAUGCAGAAAAAUCCAUGUGCUCACAUUUGAUUUAAGGGUAUAUGUUACCCUAUUAAAUACUGGUAACAAAUUCCUUUUCCAAAAGUGUUCAAAUGUGAAAAAUAAAUGUCAAUUGAACAUUGUAUGCAUGCAUUAACAACUAAUCAAAACAUUCUGAAUUAAGAGUUCAUGAAGGGAGAUAAAUCUUAUUAUAUAAGAUAACUUACUGCCUUAAAUUGAUUUAGAGAUUCACAAAAAAAUGUUUUGUUUACUACAGUGAAACCUGACUUUACCGACCACUGACUUUAAUGACAUCCUGUAAUAUUUAACCAUAUCCACUAGAAUGGCUACAAGCCCCAUUGUCACUGCUGUACAAGUAGUUUGCUUGUAUGAAAUAUAGAUCUUUCUGGUAAAGUUUUAUGUUAAAAUAUGCUAUAUUUUUAUCCUAACAUUAUGGCAAAUUCACUCAGCAUUGAGAUUAAAUUUCAUUGAUCUCUGUCAUUUCAUAUAAUUUUCUGCAACUAUUCAACAUACAGGUAAAGCAUUUUUUUUUUUUAACUUUCAGAUCGCAUUUAUGAAAUUGAAAUCUUUUUCAUUUAUUUACACUUGUACACUCCAAUUUUUUGUACCAAAAAGAUAUAUUGAAGAAAACAAUACAAUGCUUGCACUGCAAUUCGUGUUACGCAGGAAAAUAACUUCUAACUACCACUUGUCAUAUGAUGGUAAAUAUGUUUGUGCAGUACAGUACUCAAAAAUUACUUUGGAUGAAAGGAUCUAGUGACCUUUGAUAUCACUACUGUCACCAGGUUCCAAAAAUUUGUAUCUGUCAUAUUUGAUUUUAGAGUAAUAUAGGUCUGUAUGUGGACAAAAGAGCUUUUCUUUGCUUCAACCCCCCUCCCUCCCCCCUAAUAUAAAUAUAUAUCAACUAAGUGUAUAUCAAAAUAUCCUGCCUUGAUCAGCAGUUGUAUUCAGACCAAAUAUUAACAGAAUCUGUUUUAAAAGUCAAUUCCAAAUGAUGUUAUGAUGUAAUUAUAUAAAAUUCACAUUUCAAAUCGCUUGUAUACAAUUCAUUGUAUUUUUCGAUAAUUGGAUACUUAAUCAAAUUCUGUGAUGUACUAAAGACAAUGAAAGAUUUGCAGGGCGAUGACACGGUGCUGUGUCCUAUGGAUAUAGAUAAUGAAAGGUUUGCAGAAGAUGACACUCAAGAAUGAUUUGAUGGUUAAAAUGAUGUUACCAUUUGUAUCAUAGAAUAGCAUAUGGCAGUGAACCCUUAUGUACCAAGUGUAAAUAUCUAGAUAUUUUUUGUCUACAGGUGAACUGUUUAGGCAGCGGAAGUGAAAAUACUGCUAGGUUAUCAAUUACCCAAUACAUACAAUAUUUAUUCGCAAAUAAGUCCUUGUCCACAAAUAAGCCCUUUCUUAAUUUUUAAAACAGUAACCAAAAUUUGGUUCUUGUAGCCAUAUCAGCCCUUCCCAAACUUUAAAACAAAAACUUGUUAAUUUUUGUUAAUUUGAUAUGUACAUGUAUACAAUACCUGCCUGUACAUAAAUUUACAUCUUAUUAAUUUUUUUGUCUUUUUGUCUUUUUUUUAUGCUAAAAUAUAGUUUGAAGUUCUAUAGCUUGCUCUGCUUGAAUACUAGUCCCAAAUGCUCUUUUUUAAAGUUAAUUCUUUAAAGGUAAUACAUUAAUAUCAAGUAGGAUGCAAUUAGUAAUGAAAUAUUUUUCAUAACUUUUAUAUCAUGAAAUUUUCGCCAUGUACAGCAUACAUAUGCAUUAAUGGUCAGUGAUAAUGAAAAAAUAUCAUUUUACCACAGGGACUUGUCUCAAAUUUCCAACCCACUGUCUCGAUUGGUAUUCUUGAUACAUAUUGAUAUAGACCAUGGAUUUGAAUUUUGUGUCCGGUCCCUGUGACGUAUCCUUGAUGUAUGUACACGUAUACAUGUUAAAAACUGUUAAAGAUAUAUACAUGUUCAGAAAAAAAUGAAGUUAGGGCUCUAUAUAAAUUUUAUAGGAAAAAUUAUAGGUUUAUAAUCGGCUUCUCUUCUUAGAAUGUGAUAAGGUUUACUGAUAGUGCAAUAAAGGUACCAUUAUAGAGUUUCACUUAUAAAUGUGUAGUUUAAAAUGUAUGUAAAUUAUUGAAUAAAUGUAUGUAAAUUAUUGAAUACAGUUACAUUAAAUGUAAAUAGUUUAUGCAAGAA